CAGACCUGAGCUCCUGGCACCAUCCACCAUCUGUGUUACUCCAGCACUCUGAGUCUACCUUCACCAUUCUACCUUCACCCUCCCUGGGGCAGAGAGAUAAGGGCCUCCCAGUGUCCAGGGGCACCGGACCACGUCCAGUGUCCAGGGGCAUGGAGGCCACUGAUGCCCCUGGAGCCCCUGGAGCAGAAAGCCAGCCCUUGGAGCCCAGGGAUGCGACUGGUCUGGCUGCGGACAGGUGUAAUAAUACUGCAGGAGAAGUCCUGGGCAGCGCGCUCGGAAGCCAAGACUGUGGGCAAGAAACUAACGCCAACCUGGUGGUGGGCAAUUGCCACAGCCCGCUGAAUAACAACCUGGGAGAGGCCGAUCAGGAGAUGAGGGUCAGUAAUAGUCAUCUUAAGGGCCCACCCCACCAGCAAAGUAAUAAUGCUAACCUGAGAGGGGGCUGUUAUCACAGUCAGAGUAAUAACAAUCUGGACGAGGCUGGUCAGGGAAUGAUGGAACCUUGUAACAGGCAUGUGAAAGAGCAGUUGCAUCUUCAAGGGAACAACACAAAUACUGAAGAGCGAGGAGGGUAUGUUAGUCGGAGUUAUGACGCCUUACAAGAGGACGAAGGGUACGGGGCUGGAAGUGGGGACCACCAGUGCUGUGGAGAAACUGAGGUAAACGGAAGCCUAUCACAAGUCACAGAAGACAUUGUUCACUUGCAAAAUGGACAGAGUGCAAGAGGUGGGACAGGCGACUGCCUGCUGGAAAGCGAGGAGUGGGAGAAGGCAGUGGUGCAGGACGGAGUGAUGGUGUUGCCGAUUGUGGGUGAAAGCAGCACGGACACAGAGAGUGUGGCCGAAAACAAGGCGCCAGACCUCGACGGAGUGUCACGAGGAGUGGGGGAGAACGGGGACACAGAGCUAGCGGCAGUGGAGACAGUAGAAGGAAUUACCACAGAGUGUGGACUGCCUGUGGUGAACCGUCUGGAGAAGGAAUGCACGAUGGGGGAGACGCUGGAAGAGAAAGAGAGAAGGCAGGAAAUAUCAACGGUUGGCAGGAGAGAGAAAUUUUCAGAGGACGUUUUAACGGAGGCGGUGUUGGAAGACGAAACUGUUCAGAGUGGCAUUCAACGGAGUAGCAGAGAGGGAGAGAACCAAAGCUUGCUGAGUGUUGUGCUGCAGGAGGAUAACCUCACAAACGGACAGGCUGCUGCAGAGCAGGAUGCCAACAAGGACUUGGAAUCGGUUUUGGAAGCAGAGAGCAAUGCCAAGGGGCGGGCGCCGGAGUGUGGGGAAAGUGGAUCGAGCCGCGAGGGGCCGUUACAAACGGCAGCGGGCACCGACGGGGUGCCCGCUUCGCCCUGCGGCGACUGCCCGGUGCACUUUGCCCCCCCUCGGGUACCCCUGGACAUGCUCUCCCCCCUCGGGAACGACAUUCCCCACCCGCUGGCCUUGGAUCUCCCCGGCACACAGCAGGCUGUCGACAUCACGCUGCCCUCACCGCCAGCGGACGGGCGGGGGAAGCAAGCAGUGAAGAGGGUCACCUUCCCCUCAGACGAGGCGAUCGUCUCUGGUGCCGUGGAACCUAGAGACCCCUGGAGACACGCUCAGAACGUGACGGUGGAGGAGAUUAUUGCCGCCUACAGGAAGGCCUGUCAGAAGCUGAACUGCAAGCCGAUUAACAAGCUGCUCAAACAGAUCCAAGAGUUUAAUAAUCUGUCGCAGAGAUUGGACUGCCUGGAUCUAAAGGGGGAGAAAUUGGACUACAAAGGUUCGGAGGCCUUGGAAGAGGUUUUUAAACGGGUCCAGUUCAAGCUGGUGGACUUGGAGGCAACCAGCCUAGACGAAGAUGGUGCGUCGGCAUUAUUUGACAUGAUAGAAUAUUACGAGUCGGCAACCCAGCUGAAUAUCUCCUUCAACAAGCACAUCGGGACGCGGGGCUGGCAGGCUGCGGCCCACAUGAUGAGGAAGACCAGCUGCCUGCAGUACCUGGACGCCAGAAACACGCCGCUGCUCGACCACUCCGCGCCGUUUGUGGCUCGUGCUCUGCGGAUCAGCAGCAGCCUGGUGGUGCUUCACCUGGAAAACGCCAGCUUGUCCGGGCGGCCACUUAUGCUCCUGGCAACCGCCCUGAAGAUGAACAUGACGCUACGGGAGCUGUUUCUGGCCGACAACAAGCUGAAUGGGCUGCAGGACUCCGCACAGCUGGGCAACCUGCUAAAGUUCAACUGUACCAUCCAGCUACUCGAUCUACGCAACAAUCACAUCCUAGACUCGGGCCUGGCGUACAUAUCUGAUGGGUUGAAGGAGCAGAGACAGGGACUCGUCACUUUGGUCCUGUGGAAUAACCAGCUGACCCACAAUGGGAUGACCUACAUGGCAGCUGCCCUGCCUUACACAUUGAGUUUGGAGACGCUGAAUCUUGGUCACAAUUCUAUCGGGAACGAAGGUGUGCAUAAAUUAAAGGAUGGAUUGAUUGCAAACAGGUCGGUGCUACGGCUGGGAUUGGCAUCUACAAAGCUCACCUGUGAAGGUGCCGUGGCCGUGGCGGAGUUCAUCGCCGACAGUCCCCGCCUGCUCCGGCUGGAUCUGCGCGAGAAUGAGAUCAAGACCGGUGGGCUGAUGGCUCUCUCACUGGCUCUCAAAGUCAACCAUUCGCUGCUGAGGCUCGACCUGGACAGGGAGCCCAAGAAGGAAACGGUAAAGAGCUUCAUCGAAACUCAGAAGGCUCUCCUCACUGAGAUACAAAAUGGUUGCAAGAGGAAUUUCAUUCUGGCCAAGGAAAAGGAGGAGAAGGAUCAGAAGAUGCGUCAGUCUGCCUCCAUGCCCGAGAUCACCGUGACUCUGUGCGAGAAAGCGGAGGAGUGCCAGGGAGAUCGGGCCUGCCCGAAGGAGGAGAGGCCGGUGAACGGGAAUGGCCAGGAGGGCGUGACUGGGACUGCCGAGGAGUCGGGUGGCAUUGGUGAGUCUGUGGUGACGUCCUGCACCGUGGAAUGUAACCGGCAUUCGGCAGCGAGAGAGAAGGCGAAGCUUGACUCUGAACAGCACCGGGAUGGUUUGGAGACGGCUGCGGAGAAGGGGAAGGAGACGGAGGUGGAAUGUGGAACCAGCACGGAGUCACCGUCGGCAGGGUCAGAGAGCCCGGCUGAGAUCUCUUCGCCAAACACUGAGGUGCUGGUGUCCAGCCCCGGCAGGGGCCACAAGGUGUUUGUGGUGACCAGAGUGGAAAGCCCACCAGAGGACCCCGACAAACAUGAGCGGCAGUGGCUGCAGGAGGCGUUGCAAAACAAGAAGAAUAGGGCCAUAUCGGACCCCACAGCCGCCGUGACCGUGACUGUUCCAGCCCCCGGCUCUGACAGGAGGCUCCACAACCCGGAUAAGUCGGUAGAAACCGCCGGGCACGACUUUGAGACGGUCUGCGCCAAAGACUGUGAUCACGUGAUGCACGGGGCUGCCUUGCCAAACGGAGUCAAAGCCAACCUGGUGCAGAGACUGCCGGAGGGCGCGGUGUUGGCCGCGGGGAGGGACGGCAAAGCCGUGAGCUGCAACGUCGAGCAAGAGUUUACAACUCCUAAAACCGAAAAGGAAUUGGAGGAGUUAUUGCUGGAAGCGAGUCAGGAGACCUGCCGUGAAACGUCGUGAAAUAUAAGUGUGUCUGCCGGGUCCCGUUGGAUGUACUGACCUUGAUGAUAGAUGCCUGUGUGGCUUUCCUCCCCCCCUCCCCACCCUUCCUCCUCCUCCUCCUCUUCCUCCUCAACGGCAACGGCAACAACAACAACAAAAGAAAAACACUUGCCUCCCUGACCUCUCCUCACUGCCCCUGGGGGUGGGGGGGGGGGGUGGAGGCUUCCUCCUCGCUGUGACUGGAGCUCCCCUUUGCAGGGGAGAAACGGGUCGGGAACAUUGAGUCCGGGAUCUGAACAAACCAGGCAACUCCUGGACCUGUAGAUUUCCUCCGUGAUACUGUAUAUGUAACAGGGCCUGGAUUAACCCAUGAUCCACAACGUUAGAUUUCCCUUCCUUCGCGACUGUCGCCAGAGAUUUUAGUACUAACAGGGUAGGACCAAUAUUGUAGAGACCAGCCUCUCCCUCCCUCCCUCCCUCCCUCAAUACUGACCGCUGGUCUCCAUUGUAAGUGUUUUCAUGGUGAUUUUAUUAGCACUAUCUGUGUGUGUGUGUGUUUGUGAACAGUGGGAAUCGAAACAAAAAACAGUAAAGGGAACUUUCAUCCCACUUACUGUUCCUGUUGUAUCUCACCCUGUGAGUUUUAUUUUUUUUAAUUUCUUUUCCCCCUUUCUUUAGAUUAGAAGUUAUUUAUUUUUGGUCUUGAUCAUUAUGGGCGUUUGGGUUAAUAUGUUUAGGAGUGGCCGGGUGGGGUUUGCGCCUGAAGAGAUAGCCGUUUGGACCGGCUCGGCUUCUCGUGUAGGGUUGAGGUCCCGCCCUGGGCCUGGUAGCGGGCGCGAGAGAUCCCCUCACUUUCCGCGCCACUCGUCGGCCAGCGUCUAGAGAUGAACACUAUUUUAACGAGCUUGGUCAGUGACACUAGUCAUAAUCACUACAAAGCUGACCACUGGAUCUUAGUGGAUGUGAAGGCUAGUUUUGUACAAAUUGGCUGCUACAUUUAUAGAAUUAUAACAAUAAUAGUACAAGCCAGAGGAGAACCAGAGGUUGAGCUCAUGAAGACAUCAGAUACGUGUUCAGUCUUUUUUACUUAUCUUUCCAACCGUUUUAUAAAGGUCGGUCUAUCCAAGCGGCUUUCUGUUUGUUAAUCUUUAAAGGGGGGGGGGGGGGGCAAAGUGGGUCAAACAAAAAGCUUUGGCAAUGAUUCUGGCUAAGGAUGCUAAAAAUGCCUGGCGACCUUUAACAGCACGGAGGGGAAAAAAUGCAUUUUCCACAUUCCUGCAGCACAUCCAAUUUCCACCGAUGCUAUUUUGACAGACUGUUCCAUCAGGUGGUGACAUUUAGGACUAGAAUUGUGCCCUGGGUGUGGAUUGUUCUGUAGUUGUACGGCCGGCUUUGGGAAUUCUCUCCCCCCCCCCCCCCCCCCUUUUUUUGCUUUUAUCCCCUUGGCCCAAGUUGUGCUUAUUUCCAUCGAUACUUCGACCAAACCGCAGAUGGCUCCACGCCUAAACCACAGAAACGUUCCCCAGUCUCUGCAAGUCCAUCGCUUGGAUCAGGCACCGCAACCUCUGUCGCUUUCUAUCCAGUUAUUCGGGGGGAAAUUGAUAUCCAAUCCAUUGGUGUUUGGUGAAUUAAAAUUGAACGUGCUGGCAAACCACAACAUCUGUAGACGAUCAGAUCAAGCCAACUUCUGUAGACGAUCAGAUCAAGCCAACAGCUGCAAACAAAACAAACUCUUGGAUAUUCUAGACUAGACCAACGUCAUCAUUGUACAGUUGUAUAUAAGUCCCAUGCAAAUCAUUUGCUUCCAGCAUUUCUCUGUUUUUAUUUUCAGACUCCAAGCUUUUUUUGCUUUUCAUCUUGAAAGUGUGCGAUUCCCCCCCCCCGAUGCAUCAGGAGGGGAAUGAAGCAUGUGGCUUCAAGCUGAUUAUUUACGCUAUGCCCCAUUGCAUCUGGCCUGGCUGGCGAGCCGACUGUUCUGUUUUUAGCUUGGCUGCUAGGGAGGAGAGGAUGUGUACGCUUUGAUGUUUCCUGAAGCUGGCAGCCUCUGGGAGCUCUAGAGAACCGCAUCUCUCUCCUUCCCCGCUGCCCCCUGGUCGAAUUGCUUUGUGGUACAGGGUUGUAAAACUGAAGCAAUACCUUGACCUUUUAUUCCCUCUAUUGCGCGGAACAAGUGGGGAAAUAUGAAGACCAUUUUAAAAAUAUAUACAUAUAUAAACCAAAAUCGUCUUCCCUGGCUUUUACAAUAGACAAUAGGUGCAGGAGUAGAGGCCAUUCGGCCCUUCGAGCCAGCACCGCCAUUCAAUAUGAUCAUGGCUGCUCAUCCCCAACAUCACGUGUUAAUUUACUCUGCAAGAAUUUAGAGACUCAUUUUUGUUUGGUUUUCCUUUUAAAUAAAUGUCCAUGUGGAAAAGCUGUAAUGGGGGGGGGGGGGGGGGGAAGAAGGGGGGGAAUGGGGGAGCUCCAAACAGUUAUUUUUUUAUCUUGUCUGGGGGCAGGCACAUUGUGCAAAGAGGUGAAGACUGGCCUGUGUGUGGAGUGGGGACAUUAACUCCCAAUUCUACCUCGGUGGUGUUUAUGCUCAUUGCGUUAGGUUCUGUUCCUUCACCAGGACUGCUAAAAAAUGUCGAUAAGGAAAGAUUAAUAAUAAUAAUAAUAAUGUGCAAA